AUGUGGAGCCUUGGAUGGAAAACGGUCUUCGUCGUGGGAUUGUGUCUGGCCAAUGCAGAACUUGACAAGGUCAAGCGAAGCGCAGAUGCCAAAUCUCGGGGGUGGUCGAGUGAUAAAAACGGAAAUAAUUGGCAAUGGCAAGAAUCAAGUAAAACUCGAAAAUCGGGCGCGACGAGCGAAAGUUGGCACCAGACGGAAGACAAGAAGUCCGAAGGAGGAACGGACGAAGAUUGGUGGCAAGACGACGCAAAUCAAGCGGGUGAUAAAGAUAAAGGAGGUCACGAUUCUGCUACAGGAAACAAACAAGUGGGAGUAGUCAAGUCUUGGUUCGAAAGCAGCAGCAGCGGUAGUAGUAGUAGUAGUAGUAGUGGUGGUGGUGGUGGUGGUAGUGGUAGUAGCAGCGGCGGCGGAGGCAGUUGGAAUAAAGACGAUAAAAACGAUGGCUGGAAAGAGGAAGGAAACGAUGGAUGGGAUACGGAUGAUAAAUCGGGAUCGGAUAAAGAUGAUAAAAGUUGGGAUGGAGGAGAUCGUUCGGAGAGCGGAACAGAUUGGAAACCAUCGGAGGAAGCGGAAGAAAUGGAAAAAGUGAAAGCGGCUGGAGAAAAAAUGAAGGAAAACAAACAUCGAACGGAAGAUCGAGCUGGAAAUCGAAUGGUAGAGAUGGAGGCAGUCAAGAAAGAAGUAAAACGAAAAUCACUUCGUCGGGAAGCAGUUCGAAGUGGCAAAACAACAAAGGCGGAAGUAGCAUCGCUUGGCAUCAGAUGUCCUUCGACGAUAACAAUGGCCAAGAUUGGAAGGCUUCGGGAAGUGGUGGUAGUUCGAAAGGAAGCGGACAAGCUUGGAAGCAAGACGAAAGCGCGGGAAGCAGCUGGAGUAAAGGACGAAAACGAAAAAACGGAGGAUGGAGGCAGGGGGAUACAAACGGAGAUGACGGUUCGAAGCAAGGAUUCGCCAGCGAAAGUGGGCAGAGUUGGAAACAAGGAGAUUCGGAUGGAAAUGGAGGAAGUUGGAAACAAGAUA